AUGCCGUAUUUCUUGCUAGAGAGGCCUCCAACAGCUCCUCGAUUCCUUCACUGGGUCGCCACGAACCAACCGGAACUCCCUCCCUAGCUUCUGCCGUCCGCCGGAAGUGUCUGCGUGGUUGGGGCUGACAAGUCUACCGCCCGUAGUCCUGUGGUGCCUGCUGGGAUUCGUAGUUUCUAAAAGGCCUCUCCCUUCUCCAAGAGGAGCAGGAUGUAUACACUCCUGUCAGGGCUUUAUAAAUACAUGUUCCGGAGAGAUGAAUACUGCAUCCUAAUCCUGGGGCUGGACAAUGCAGGAAAGACGACUUUCCUGGAGCAAACGAAAACCCGAUUCAACAGAAACUACAAAGGGAUGAGUUUAUCCAAAAUCACCACUACAGUGGGCCUGAAUAUUGGUACUAUUGAUGUGGGCAAAGCUCGCCUUAUGUUCUGGGAUUUAGGAGGGCAAGAGGAAUUACAGUCUCUCUGGGACAAGUAUUAUGCUGAAUCCCAUGGGGUCAUCUAUGUCAUUGAUUCAACUGAUGAGGAGCGACUCUCAGAAACCAAGAGAGCAUUUGAGAAAAUGAUCACCAGUGAAGCCCUGGAGGGGGUCCCUAUCUUGGUCCUGGCCAAUAAGCAGGAUGUAGAGACCUGCUUAUCCAUUCCUGACAUCAAGACUGCCUUCAGUGACUGCAUUAAUAAAAUUGGAAAGAGAGACUGCUUGACACAGGCUUGCUCAGCUCUCACAGGCAAAGGGGUGAAUGAGGGCAUCGAGUGGAUGGUGAAGUGUGUCAUGAGGAAUAUCCACCGCCCUCCACAGCAGAAGGACAUCACGUAAGGCCGGAGCACCACCGCUGCUGUGCUUGGACAGCUGCCCCCAGCGCAGAUUCCACCUACCCUCCUUUUCCAGGGAACAGGGCCCAGGACCUUGUCAUCGAUUGGAUUCUUUUCAUUUGGAUUUUUGAUUUUGUUUUUGUUUUUCCUAAGACAAACUUUUAUCUCCAUCCAGAAAGAAGUCAUCUUGAGGAUUCUACCUGGGGGUUGGAGAGGGCAAAAGGGAUGGUGUUGGGGGAGAGUUUCUCUGUGACCAAACACAAGACCCUUCUGAAUGGGGAAUGGUAGGACCAACACCUCACUUGGAACACAGGAACUGUCAGGUGUCAUGAGUGACUUUAUCCACACCAUCAUGAGGUGUGGCUGUAUCCUCUUCAGUUGCUCAGGGGAGCUGGUGGAGUAUUUUUGGUUAGUAAUCUAAAUUUAGUCCUUCAUUUCUUAAGACCAAACGUGAAAAACUGGCAUGUAAGGCAGUGGUUUUCAUCUGCCCUGAAGUGAAGCUCUAGUUUUCUUGGGUUUAUUUGGCUGAGUUGUAGCCAGAGCUGCUUAGCCUUUGGCUCUAAAUCCUCGUUUUUCCCCAUAACUUCCCCAUUGGCCCUUUCCUGGGGGUAUUGGCCUGCACUUGGUUCCCCAGCCUCUCAUAGGAUGAUGAGUAGUCAACAUUUUCAUCAAGAGCAGGUAGAGGUAACCCUAGUGACAAGGCCCCAUCUGCUUGAGGUAACAUGUUUUUGCUGCCCAGAGCAGCUGCACCAGGCGAUAUGUAAAAAAGGGGCUCCAAGGAAAAAGUUGGAGACUGAGCCAAAACAGUUCCCUUGACACUUCUUUGCAGCUGCUUUUCCGGCAGAUAUCACUCACUUGCCUCUGACAACAUUCGCCUCUAAAUCCUGCUUUGACUUCUGGGGCCCCUGCCCUGGGGUCCGGAAUAGGUAGUUGAAAUAACUUGUUCAAACCUGGCCCAGGCCCAGACUCAUAAACCAUAAGUGGCUAUGGGGUUUUCCAGGAGUUGUGGGUGUUAUUCAGGAGCAACCUUGGCUGUUUCCACAGAGAAAUCAGCUCCAGAUAAUUCAGGACAUUGGCCAGAUUGCAUUGUUGCUCACAGCAGAGGCAGAGAGAGAGAGGAAAUCCUUCCGAGAGUUUCAUAGAAACCUUAGCUUUCCAUCCUAACCAGCUGACUGGCCUCGAGUGUCUGUCACAGUUUAUCUUCUUAAGACCUGAAGCAGCUGAGGAUGGGUAGCGCCAAAUAGAAUCAGCCUAGGUUGGCCAGCCUCCCUGUCUUCCUAUUGCUAAAGCUUUUCUCAUUCUGAGGCAUUUGACUUUAGAGGCUCUUUUUUGUUUGUUUUCUGUUUUGGGUUUUUUUGGUUUUUCUUUUCCUUAGAGGUUCUUGUAAGAGGACUUGGGCAGCUAGCUGGUGGCAUAAGAGCUGAUCAUUUAUAGAUCCACUUGCCUAGAACUUGUGACAGAACCCCACAGCUGCCCUUCUCUCCCACUUCCAAGCCCAACUGAGAAGCCAAACACUCCACUGUCAUUCUUACUACCUGCCAUUUGUUUUGGUUACUGCAGAAUUUUGACAGUGCCUGUAGGGAAGUGGAAGGGAGGGAGGAACUUGGGGAGGAAUUUUUCUUCUUUCUUAGACUGAACUUAUGUGAAGAGAGAAGAUGAGCAAGUAGCAUAGUGCUCUUGGUGGCCUUCGUUAAAGCUGAUUUUAGUCUCCCCAAAAGGGGCAAAAAGAGGACUAAUGUAGGAAAGCCAAGGGGGCUAUAGACUCUUGCUUCCUACUUUGUGGGAUCUGUUUGCCUCUCUAGCUUGCAUGCUUAGUUAUGCCUUAGGCUGGGUCGGUAUUAUGCUCUGGGUAGGUUUCAGGCAACAUUUUCCCAUUACUUUUUUUUUUUUUUAGUGAGGCAAUUGGGGUUAAGUGACUUGCCCAGGGUCAUACAGCUAGUAAGUGUGUGUUAAGUGUCUGAGGCCUGAUUCGAAUUUAGGUACUCCUGACUCCAGGGCCGGUGCUCUAUCCACUGUGCCACCUAGCUGCCCUUCCCAUUAUUUAUUCUGCUACAUGGAGACCAUUUAUGGGGUAUAAAGUAAAGGGAUAGGCAUUGACCUAGGACAUGGCCUUGGCCACAGUGGACCUGUUGGGCAGUCUACAAGCUAGGCAUGAAGUUUGUCUGCAAGUAGGCCAAUCCAAACCCCAUUCUACUGUGCAUUACCAACGAGGGUAAUGUUUCUCUUGUGGCUUAAUGCCUUUAGAAUCCAGCACAAGAUAAGCUUCAGUCUGUAUCCUUCUUUACCUUUAAUUUACAAACAUUAGUGUAUAGAGUCAGGAAGAGGCAAAUUUUACCCGCCUUGAUAAUAUUUGAGUUUGAGGAUUUUCAAUGGAACAUUUCCCUCCAGUCCUGAUGCUAAUUGAAUGAUCAAUGUACCUGCCAUUUCUUGAACUGAGGCAGAGGAAAAGAAACCUGGUUCUGAGAUCCUCUAGCAUCCCUGAGUGACCUUGGACAAAUUCCCUCUGAUAGAAGGUUUCCCUAACUCAUAGAUGGGUUUAAGGUCUGGCCCAGGGAGGGCCAGGUAUCUGUUACUUCUUUGCAGAUUGGUGGUGAGAGAGUUAAUGGUUACUGAGAGCUUUGAGAUCCUGAGGGAGGAGAAAGCUGUCCAAAUUUUAAGCAAGCACAGUCUUAAAAAAAACCAAAGUAGGAUUUGCUUUUAUCUUUCCUUUGAGGGAGGAGUUCGGCAUACUUCAUGUUUGUCUUUAGGUCAUGUUUGCCCCUGCAGGAACAUCGUGUUCUUCAUGUUACGUGGUAACAAGAGAAUAUGUUUGUGCAGAAAUCCCCUUUGUAAAUAGAUCUGGCAGUGUUAAAUAUGCUGCCUCCCUUCUUUCUUGGACAGUGAGCCCUGGGUGAAUUGGGAGCGAAUGGAAUAGAAAAUGUGCUGUGGAGCUGUGGUCCAUCAGUAAGAAGCAAGGCCAAAGCUUUAGUUGAGGUUAGAGAUCUGUGAAGCACUCUAUCUGCUCUGUCCUCCAAACUCUAAAUCCUGCUACUCCAGAGGUGAUCCAGAGGAUUCCUGUAGAUUUGGCUCCUAUAGCCAGCCUGAUAGUGUGGUCUGGCCCAGCAGCUCCAGCUAGAUGUAGAUUAAAAGAGGGUCAGCUGGGCUUAGGAUCAGGCUUCAGAAUCAUGACUUAUCAAAGCCAGGGGAAAGUGCUUUUUACCUCUUUGUUUUGGCCAAAGAGAUGACAGUUUGAGGCUUGUCCUGGAGCCUGGCUGGGUAAAAAUUCUCAAUCUUCCUUCUACCAAAGUCUAAAUAUCCAUAUUUCCCAUUAAAUACCUCCUUGCUUUGGUGAAAUGAGGCUUGUGACUCAGUGAAGAAGCCUUGAAUUUUGCUGUUACUUUGGACUUGGGGUUCCCUAUAUCUAUCUGCAAUUCAGUUCAAUUCUAGUUUUCCCUCAAACAUCUUAGGAUACUCCUCUUUGCCACUCAUCCCAUCCCACUCCUUUAUUCUUGGACUGACGCAAACCAAGUAGCAACUCCAUAGCAUAAACAUCCUCUCUUCCUUUUGAAAUUCCAGCCUAGCCUUUGCAGCUGCUGAGUUGGAACACCCUGUCCCCUUUUUUGGUCCUGCUCUAAUUUAUGAAAGCUUGGGUCCUUUUUGAGUACCUGAUAGAGCCUCUUUGCCUUGAGGCCCUCACAGCCUUGUUCAUGGUUAUCCAGACAACUGUAAUGGACAGGGGAAAAUGGAAAAAUAUAUGAUCCAAGUAAUUUUGAGAACUUAGUGCUUUCACACAGCAGCCAGCUCUUGGCUUAGGGAUUGAGGGGUCAGUGAUGGUUCCCAAUUUGCUGAUAAUCAUUCCCCAGCAGUAUUCAGCAGAAGUUUGGCUGGAUGCUUAUUUGUCUAGCUUUAUUUUUGAAUGCUUGUGGUCACAGAACCAUAUUCUCCCUGCCCACUGACACCUUCAUCUGGACCAUUAGGCAGGCAGGGAUCUGGCCACUGAUUCUAGGGGCUUGAGACCACCACCAUCAAGGUGUACCAAUUGUCUUUAAUCCCCAGUGGUUUUAUGUGUUUGGAAAAAUAAAAAUCUGAUCAGGAAA